UUUUUAAAAAUUUUAAAAUUAAACUUCUGUCGAACAUCAUUAUAAGGGGUCGAGGCCUUCGCCUAGUUUCUGACCUUAAAUCGACCCGGCCUUUGUCUCAGAACCUCUUCAAGAAUUCCUUCAGCAUUUCUGAUCCACCUUUGGAUCGAAUAGAGAUAAAGUUAUCGAGAUCUAGGGAGAUAAAAGUCUAAGGGAGAUAAAAGUUAUCGAGAUUUGUCUGUAAUAUUCUUUUAAAUCAAAUUAAUUGCCUUUAUUUAUUAAAAUUAAAUAUUUAAGAUCCAUCUUAUUUUAACUUUUUUUUAUUAAAUAAUUAAAAAUUUAUUUUUGACCUUCUAAAAUAAAUUGUGAAAAAUUUUUCAAUCAAAAAUGAGCGGAUAUUUACAACAACAAAAUCAAAAUAACACCCAACAACCCAAAUCUUGUGAAAGAAUUGUUCAAGGAGUAGCUAAACUGAGUACAUUUAAAAUCCCCUCCACCCAUUUAAAAAGAUGUUCUGAGGGAGCACUUCCUUUAAAUGAGCAAACAAUAAUUGGUAGUGGGGGUCAACCAAAAAUUUUGGUAAAUGGAAAUAUUAAUGGAAAAGUUGUUACAAAAGAGAAUAAUGAAGGUAAAAGAAUUUUUGUUUCCCUAAAAUUAAGAAAAAAUCAAAGUUUUUCUUUAGCCACAAAAUAUUUAAAAUUAUUUUAUAGAAAAAUAAAAAGAAUUUUUUAUUUCCUAAAUAAAAUUUUAUAUAUUUUUUGUCUUUUGUCAAUUUAA